UAAAAACUAUCAACACAAGACUGCCAUCAAAAGAGAGAGAGAGAGAGAGAGCGAGUCAAAGAGAGUGAGAGAAUUGCAAGCAGCUGUCGUGUGACAUCUGGCAACGCUGUCUGUUUCAAACUGUAACGGUUAUUAGCAGCAUUUUACUCACGCAAAAGCCAAACCGGAUAAAGCGAGAGCGAGCGAGCGAGAGUGAGGAAGAGCAGCUGCCAGACGUACCAGAGUGAAAGGGAGAGCACGAGCAGACUACAGCCAUGGGAAACUCGUCGUCACACACGCACGAACCACUGGAGCGAGGCUUCACACGCGGAAAAUUCGGCGAUGUUAAGAAUGGGAAAUCCGCCUCGUUUCGGUUUAGCAAGAAAUCGCCCAAAAAGAUGGAUCGACUGCGGCGCUCGUUCCGCGACUCGUUCAGACGCCGCAAGGAUCGUGUGCCCGAGUCGUCGAAGCCGCAUCAGUGGCAGGCCGACGAGGAGGCCGUGCGCUCAGCCACCUGCUCGUUCUCGGUGAAGUACUUGGGCUGCGUGGAGGUGUUCGAGUCGCGCGGCAUGCAGGUCUGCGAGGAGGCACUCAAAGUGUUGAGGCAAUCGAGACGGCGGCCGGUGCGCGGCUUGCUUCAUGUGAGUGGAGAUGGUCUGCGCGUGGUGGACGACGAGACGAAGGGCCUCAUUGUGGACCAGACCAUCGAGAAGGUGAGCUUCUGUGCGCCGGAUCGGAACCAUGAGCGUGGCUUCAGCUACAUCUGCCGGGAUGGGACCACUCGGCGCUGGAUGUGCCACGGCUUUCUCGCAUGCAAGGACUCCGGCGAGAGGUUGUCCCAUGCUGUAGGCUGUGCCUUCGCUGUUUGCCUGGAGCGCAAGCAGCGGCGCGACAAGGAGUGCGGCGUGACAAUGACCUUUGACACUAAGAACUCGACCUUCACGCGCACCGGCUCCUUCCGGCAGCAGACGCUGACCGAGCGCCUGGCCAUGGCCACGGUGGGCAGCAACGAGCGCAGCGCGGAUGGCCCAGCGCUGCCCGGCCCGCCGGCCGCCACGGUGAAGCCGUUCAAUCCGUUCGCCAUCGAGCGACCACAUGCCACACCGAACAUGCUGGAGCGGCAGAGCUCCUUCCGGCUGAGCACCAUCGGCAGCCAGUCGCCCUUCAAGCGCCAGAUGUCGCUGCGUCUCAAUGAUCUUCCGUCCAAUGCGGAUAGGCAGAAGGCCUUCCUGGCCGCUGCCUCCGGCCAUCCAAAUCCACACUCGCUGCACACGCCGCUGCGCAGUGUCUCGCCCAUCGCGGAGGUGUCGCCGGCCAAGACAGCUGGCGGCGAUCCGGCCAUCGUGGCGGCCGACACGGUCAGCCAGCUGUGCCAGGAGCUCAGCCAGGGGCUGUCGCUGCUCACCCAGACGGACACACUGCUGGCAGCCGGGGAUGAUCUGAACUUCAACAACAACCGCAGCAUCAAUCAGAACAUCAUUGCCGCCGAGAAGCAGCAGCAGGUAAUCUCGUACAGCACCAGUGGCAGCGGCAGCACCAGCGCCAGUGGCACGCCCACAGCUCAAGUGCCGCCUCGCGUGGCCGGCAUGGCGGUGCAGCCGGCGGUGCAGUCGGCGGUCGCCGAUGCGGUCGAGCUGCCCAAUGCCGAUCAGUGGUUGGGCCAGGUGGUGCGCGCCACGUCGCCCGCUGUGCCACCCAAAAGGCCGAGCUACUUGGCGAACGUGGGACGGGCUCAGACCAUGUCGGCGAGUACCUCAGUCGGUGGCGGUGGAUUAACCGAUGCCGAUCCCUUCGACGCUGAGUGGGCGGCCAAUGUGGCAGCGGCCAAGAAGAUGUCGCCGGAUCUGCCGGGACAAGCAACGGGAUCUGGCAUCACCAACAGCAGCAGCAGCAGCAGCAGCACCGCCACCACCAACAGGCAUAGUACGAAUCCGUUUAUCUCACCGCCAAAGGCGCCAGCGCAAUCGUUUCAGGUUCAGCUGUAGGAUGGUGCUUCCCAGAGA